AACUAUGUACAAACAUUGUUUAAUCACUAGUUUUAUUUAUGUAUAUCCCCUUUUAUAUUGCUAUUACACCAGUCACAUAAUUCUACCUAAUGUGGGCAUGAUGUGCAAUUUAAAGCACCUGUAAUUAUACAGAAUAAGAUGAUGCAAUUACUGUUGUUAAAUUGUAUUUUUAUAAAUGGUUGGUUUUUUUUUUUAUUGUAUUUUUAUUUUUUUACGAAAGACUGAUUCACUAAAGAUAGCACAACAGAUUUGCAACUGGGGAUGCAACUUCGGUCUCAUUUGUAUAUGGGUCGGCGACUGUUACUUCACUAUAGGUAACAGUGACGAGGACAUCUUGAGAUGGGGCAUAUAUGAAAUCACAGACGACGGAGCCAUGGUGAAUUCUGAACUUUUUCAAAUAGAAUUAACAUAGUUUAGAGAAGGCACAGCCUCAGAUAUUAUUGGAAAUAAAAUGAAUAUAAUCUUAUAAAUCCUUUAAAGUUGCGUUUUUAAAUCUUGCAAAUUGUGCACUAAUGAUUUUUUGAAUUUGCACCAAAAAUGAGCAAACACAAGAGCGAACAGUUUUUAAAAUUCCGUGAAUAGGAAUGAAAAGUCCACUAUAAC